AGGGGCGUAGCUCCCCGAGGGCAGCGAGUGAUGCCCCAGGCAAUGUGUGCUGGCAGGGACGCGGCUGCGGACACGCUACGGGCCUGGAAUCUCGCGUGCGAGCAGCGGGGCGGCACGAAUGAGUGUCGGUACUGAACGCUCCGCCUCUCGGCCGGCCCCCCGGGUCUCAGCAGGCCCUGCCUCGAGCAAAGUUCAGCCAGCGUUCAGCCACCGCGAGCGGUGCUCCGGCCUCGCUCCAGUUCCCCUCCUGGAAGCCGAACCGCGCCGGCAAUGGCAGGUACAGCCACGUGGGUCCGUUGGCCCCGAUGCCACUGAGCAGCACCCUGCCCACAGGCCGCAAGGCGCUCAUCGUGCUGGCGCACCCCGAGAAAACCUCUUUCAACCACGCCAUGGCAGCAGCAGCCAGCAGCGCGCUGCGGGACAAGGGCUGGGAAGUCACCAUCUCCGACCUCUAUGCCAUCGGGUUCAAUGCCGUGCUCUCACGGCACGACAUGACCGGGCCCCCCAAGAACCCCGAGCACUUUGUCUACGAGAUGGAGAUGGCACAUGCGUGGAAGGAGGGACGCCUCAGCAGCGACAUUGUCACCGAGCAGAAGAAGAUUGAAGCAGCCGACCUGAUUAUCUUCCAGUUCCCACUGCAGUGGUUUGGGAUGCCAGCCAUCCUCAAGGGCUGGUUCGACCGCGUUUUCACCGACGGCUUUGCCUAUUCCAUGACCAGCAUGUACGACCAGGGGCCCUUCCAGAAGAAGAAAGCCAUGCUGUCACUCACCACCGGCGGGAUGGGCUCCAUGUACAGCCCCAGCGGCAUCAACGGCGACAUGAACGUGUUGCUCUGGCCCAUGCAGCGGGGGGCUCUGCACUUCUGUGGCUUCCAGGUGCUGGCACCCCAGAUUUGCUACAGCGUGCGCUACGUGAGCCCUGAAGCGCGGGCACAAAUGCUGAGCGCGUGGAAGAACCGCCUGGCAGCCGUGGAGCAGGAGAAGCCCCUCAGCUUCGUCCCCAACAGCUGCUUCGAGUUGAGCCCAGCCGGUGGCUUCGUUCUGAAGCGUGAGGUGCUGGCGCAGCAGGAGGGGCAGCAGCAUGGCCUGUCGGUGGGGCAGCACCUGGGCAAGGCCGUGCCCCUCAACGAGCAGCUCCAGGCCCAGGAGUAGCAGCCAGGCCCUGCGCCCGCACUGAGACCCAGGCCUGGCCUCACAGCACCGCGUGAGGCGGCCGCAGGGCAGUCCCCACACCCUCACGCUCUUGUUCUUCUGUGUUCUCUUUCCUGACAUUUUUCUGCACAAUUUUAUUCAAAAUCGUGGCCUUCGGGGCACAAGGGCAGGGCCUGUGGUUGAGACCCAGGUGAAUGCAACAAUACAUUGAGAUCCAGAA